UUGACCCCAUCGAAAGAAAAACAAAGUUGAAUUUGAUCUAUAUUGUUAGUUGCAAUAACUAAUUCCGAAGCUUUUGAAAUUUGACUGCAUUUGCAUAACGCCAAAUAAGUUUGACUCUCCGGUCAAAUGUUAAAAUAUUUUUGUUCUCGAAUAACACUUCUAAUAACGUCAUUCGUAUACCGUCUCUAAAUAAUAUUAGGUGGGGAGUCUGUAUCUUAUAUCCACAGCUUAUUACUUAACACCAAUACAACAAUCGAAAACCAGCCCAAUGAUGACGUCGAAAAGCAUUUUGAAUGUGGCACGUUUAGUGCAGCAGUUUCCUUCUUUCUUUAACCAUACAAAAUCUCACCAGUUUCGUUGUUGAUAUCGUUUUUGUUAAUCGUUAAUUUUUCCAAACCUUUUCAUAUACAAAAGACUAUGUUCGCCCGUGUAUCAUUUUAUCCCACCUUGUUCUAUAACAUUUUUAUGGAAAAGGUGACGGCAAGAAGAUGGUACGAUCGUAUUGAUGACCAUGUUAUUCUUGGUGCUUUACCGUUUCGGUCGAUGGCAUCGGACUUAAUCAAAAAUGAGAAUGUUAAGGCCGUUGUGUCCAUGAACGAAGACUAUGAACUCUGGCUGUUUUCGAACAAUUCAGAGAAAUGGAAAGAACACGGCGUGGAAUUCCUUCAACUAGCAACAACCGAUAUAUUCGAAUCGCCUUGCCAAAAUAAACUACACUCCGGAGUCGAAUUUAUCAAUCGUUUUCUGCCAAAAACGUCACGAAUAUCAGGCCUGUCGGAUGCAGAUGCAAAUGAUUCGCCAGGUACGGUCUAUGUACACUGUAAAGCCGGUCGAACUCGAAGUGCAACGCUGGUCGGUUGUUAUCUGAUGCAUAGAAACGGUUGGAGUCCUGAACGGGCCGUCGAACAUAUGAAAAAUUGUCGAUCGCACAUUCUGUUACACCGCAAACAAUGGGAAGCACUUAGAUUGUAUCACAAUGAAAAUGUAAAACCAAAUUUAAAUAACAAAAAUGCGUGACAUCAGUCGCUGUAUGACGAUGGUUUACAAAUUUUGUUCGAAUAAAAAAUUAUUUUAAAAAUAAAAAAUCGAUUUGGCGAUUGGUGAAGUUGGACACAAUGCACAAAGACCUUUCCAUUCAUAAGUUUUCAGCGUUUUAUUGUUCAUACUCAUAUCAAACGAUCCAACUGAAUUACAUUAGAAAAGUACUUGGGUUAAAGCAA